AUGGCAGCCGCCGGACCCAGGGACAGCAAGACGUCUCUGCCCGCCGUAGACGACGCGCUUCACGAUGAGAAGCCCAGCGCCGCCGUGCAGCAAGACGUUGAUCGCCGCUUGCUCAUCAUCUUGGGAGCCAUGCAGGCCGUGUCGUUCUUGGAUCGCGCCAACAUGUCCAACGCGGCGAUUGCGGGCAUGACCAAGGACCUGGCGCUCGGCGUGUCCAACCGAUACUCUAUUACCCUCCUCGUUUUCUUCGGCCCUUACGUUGCCCUUCAAUUCCCCGCGGGUGCUUUUGUCCGAAAGCUAGGCCCUCGCAUGUUCCUAUCAUCUAUCGUCUUCGCUUGGGGCAUCAUCAUGAUGUGCUUCGGCUUCGUUCAGCACUGGCACUCGCUCAUCGCUUUGCGGAUGCUGCUCGGCGCCCUUGAGGCUGGUUGCUUCGCCGGCCAAUACUACCUCAUCUCUUCCUGGUACUCCCGAUACCACUUGCACAAGAGAAUUUCCGUCUUUUACUUGCUCGGUGUCGCCGGCUCCGCCCUCGGAGGUCUCCUCGCCCUGCUCUUCUCCCAAAUGAAGGGCCUCGCGGGCUACAACGGAUGGAGAUGGAUUUUCAUCAUGGAGGGUCUGAUCACCAUCAUCGUCGGCGUCCUGGGCUUCAUCUUCAUGGUGGAUUUCCCCGAAGACGCCCAUAAGGCGUGGGGAUUCCUCAACGAACGCGAAGCUGCCUUCAUCGUGCGACGAAUCAACCGCGACCGAGACGACGGCGAGCCUGAAGCGUUUGCCUGGAGGAAGUAUCUCAAGCCCGCCAAGGACCUCAAGGUGUGGGGCUUUGCCCUGUGUUUCUUCUGCUCUACCGUCCAGGCCUACUCCGUCGGUUUCUACCUCCCACUCAUCAUCCAGGGCAACAUGGGCUUCUCCGUCACCAUCUCCCAGGUCCUCAGCACCCCGCCCUACGUCUGCUCCAUGAUCUUGAUUGGGCCCCCUCCGCCGGGCCCCAGUACCUCGGCUCCCUUCGUCACGGCCGGCGCCAGCGCCAACAUCGCCUCCGUCAUGGUCUACCAGGCCAACAAUAUCCGCGGCCCCUGGAAGAGAGCGUUCUGCAGCGGUAGCAUGAUCAGCUUCGGAGGCACUGGCGGUAUCGCGGGUUCGCUCAUUUUCAGGGCCCAAGACAAGCCCGACUACUUGCCGGGCAUGAUUGGCUGCAUCACUGCCAAUGUCAUCAUCUUGAUUGUCGUCUCUCUUCUCACCAUUCACUUCUACCGCAGCAACCGCAAGGCGGAUCGCGGCGAAAAGGUCAUUGAAGAUCUUCCUAGCUUCCGCUAUACCAUUUAA